UCAUGUCCGUAAGAGUACGGUAGCCAUGUUUCCUCCUUAUCUGUGAGACUGCAAUCACUCCAGCCAAGUUGUUGUGUCGCUCUUCGUCUUCAGUUGUCUUGUCGGACAGCUUUUUGUUUAUUGGUGGAAAUCGCUGUAGAAGCGAAUAUACUAUAUUUGUUACGAUCAAUGUGCAGAAAUAUUCUGGAUUUGCUGGGAGGUAUUGUCGAAAAGACAGACAGCCCCUCUACACUAGCAUGGCCUCACCAUCUUUGCAGAUCAAUUAAGUUCUUUGGUGAAUUCGGUCAUACAUUUAUGGAGUUUGUGACCAACAGUGGAGAUUUCUGCCAGGCGCAACACGUGUAAUAGUGGUGUUAGUGCUGUGUUUCAAUUGAAGUGAAAACAAGUAAACUUCUAAAACAACUGGAGACAGUUUUGAAUCUGUUGCGCCUUCCAUCACGUAAAGUUUGCUGUUGAAGUGUUUGUGAUAGAAGAGUUUUUGGAUGGCGAUAGCUUGUGCUUUCAACGUACUCACUCUUCUCUCGUUUUACUGGAUAACUAAAGUUGAUGUACAGCUAGACAGCAGCUAGCUGGGGAGCGUAUCCAACUGACGAUCCUUAACCGCUACUAGGUGCUUAGAAACCAAAAACAGGUGCUCUUACUGAUCUGCCAAUUUUUGUGGUGGAUUUCUUUCAGUAACCACCAUUUUGGCAGGAUUGCAGAGCUGUUUGCUCUAAUUAAUUUUUCUUAUUGUCAAUUCCAUACAUCGACCAAACAAUAAAUUACCAUGAGAGCUACAAGGGCCAUAAAGCCUGAACCUGCUGAAAUUUCUCAUAAACAUAUGAGGUUUCUGAUAAUGGACCGGCCAACAGAUGGGACCUUGGAUAAAUUCAUUGAAGAACUAAAAUCUCGUGGUGCCAAAGAUGUGGUUAGAGUAUGUGAACCAACAUAUUCAACAGAGAAAUUAAAUUCAGAAGGAAUCAAGGUGUAUGAUUGGAAAUUUGAUGAUGGGAGCCACCCACCUAUGGAUGUGAUUGAUGAUUGGUUAAAUCUUUUAAAAGCACGUUUCAGAGAAGAUCCUGGCUGCUGCGUUGCUGUACACUGUGUAGCUGGACUUGGAAGGGCUCCUGUACUAGUAGCUCUAGCAUUGACAGAAUGUGGUAUGAAAUAUGAAGAUGCAGUGGCGCUGAUCAGAACUAAGCGCAGAGGUGCUAUCAAUGCAAAACAGCUGCAGUGGUUGGAGCAUUACCGUCCAAAGUCUCGCUUAAAGAUGAAGAAUUCUCACAAACGGUGCUGCAUCAACUGAGCAACUUGUGGAGUCCUGUCUGCUUGGCCUUUACUCACUAUAGAUUGGCACACAGUCCAAGAUAAUAAGGAAGCUAAGCUUGAAGUGAACAAUACACUUCAGGCAGCAUCAAUUUAGUCCCCACUCCUCACAAAUUUACAUCACAAGUCUUUCUUUUUAAAUGUAUCUAUUCCAAUCAUUUUUUUUCAUUAGUGUUCAUUUCUAUUGUUUAUUUAUUUUCUAAUAGUUUAUUCUUCAUUAACAUCUGUAUACUUUUAUUAUUUAAGGUUUAUGUUAGAAGAAAGAAACAAUAGUAAAAAAAAAUCACUUUAACUCAUCUCCCUCUGCUUAGUCUUUUAUUUUAUUUGCAGUGGUUUUGGGUUUCAAGGUUUUGUUUUCCUUUGUUUUUGAGAAAAAAAAUUGUCAUUUCAUGCAGAGGAAGUAAUUCAUUAUUCAUGUUUGUUGCUCUUUAAUCACUGCUGACCUUACAGGAAGUUGUAAUCUGAUAGGUCUGCAAUGAAUUUGUUUCCCUUCUCAUUCUAACAAAGUAAAGCAUAGCGCUGCAACAAUUGCCUGUAGGUUAAACAAUUAAAUUUCAUUCCCUUCCUUAUUGUUUGUUAAUAGUGUUAUUAUAAUUGGUUUGAAGCUGAUAUCCUUAACAUGAAAUGUAAUUGAUAUCAGUCUCUGUCUAGGCAAGUAUACUCAAAAUAAUCAUUGUUAAUGAACAAUGCAGUGUAAAAUCUCUAGCAGGAAAAGCUUUUAGAAGAGAAUUUGAUUUUUCUUAAAAUAAAUCUGUGCCCUUAACCAUUUUAUAAUAAAGACUUUUUCUUUGGUCUAUCUAAAUUUCACUUACUUUCAGGAAGUAUUUUUAACGAAUGCAUUUUGAUUUUUUGUUUUUGUGAAUUAUUGUGAAAUCAUAUGCUUACUUGAACAAUUAGCAAUGUUUAUUUAUUUUUUGUUUUAUUAUUUAUCCCUUUGCAAAUGAAAAAGUGAGCUAUAAAACAAAUUCUCAUGUACUUUGUCUGGAGAGAAAGCUAUAUUUCUUUAGUAGCAUAUCUCACUGAUUCUGUUGAGAGUAUUUUAUGUACAAUGCUGUUUCUGAUUAGUGCCUUUCUUUGAGUGCGUUUCCAUAUUGUAUAAAUAAAUAAGUUCAGAAUAAUGUUUCCAUAUUGUAAAGUGAAACAUACAGUAAGGUUCAGGAUAAUAAUGCCUUCUAAAAAGGAAAGGUCUUUUAUAAAAGUUCAGUCUAAACCGAUAAAAUUGUUGGUUGGAUGAGUACAGCCAACAGCAUCAAUUUUUAUGCAAUGAUGACUUUUAUAAAAAAGACGCACAAAAUCCAUAGUCUGCAGAUUUAGCAUGCAUUUCUAUUCUAAUUUGCAUGUUUCAUUCUUUCCCCUUUUUUUUAUAUAUAUUUUUUCUCAACUUUUUAUUUUAAAAAUUAGAAUGAAUUUGUUUCUUGAUGAAUUUUUUAUUUCUGAUAUCUUCAGUUUUGUACAUAUACAAAACUGAACAGUUAAUAUGCAAUAAUUUUUGUCUUAAUUCAGUGUUUCAUUCGAUUAUUAUUAGGGCAAUUAAAAUACAAGUGAAAAUUUCUCUUUCCCUCCCAUAACACACACUUCUAAUGGCAACUAAUCUUUACUGUAUAAAACUGUUGUAAAGAUCAGAACUAAUUUAUAUAAGUAUUUAAAUUUUUUCUCUAUAUUUUGUGGCUGUCCAUUUUGGGAGUGUAUAGGAAAGGAUGGGAUAUUGAAAUCUUCUGCAUACUAGGUAUAUAAAUUCUAAGUCUUUAGGCUAGAAUUGUUUGGAAGGGACAUGGUGAUAUGAGCUGCUAUGUAGGGAAGCAUCUUGUGGAUUCUUGUGUUACUAAUAUAUUAAUUUUUCUAAAAAAAGGAAAAAAACAAGAAAAUUAUUACUAUAUGAAUGGAAUUAAUUAGAUGCACAAAUAUCAGGUUCCUUCUAUUGGUUGUGAGAAAAAAAUAUAUAACUUCCUGCUUGAACAAACAAAUUUAAUAUUUAUUAGAUUUUCAUCUUAAAGAUAGCUUUAGAUUCAAUAUCUAAAUAUUUAUUUAUAAUGUUUAGAUUUGAAUCUGAAACAUCAAUUGCACUAAUUGGCAAUAAAACUUUUAAUUGGAUUAGACACUUUGACAGCUUAGUUUCCAACUCAAAAUUUUCUGUUGGUAUAUCUCUGUAAUGACAUGUUUUAAACUUAUCUUUUGAGAAUUUGUUUUUUAAAUUAUUGUAAGAUUGAUCUAGAUUUUAUUCAUGACAUCCUGCUGCUGUUACUUUCUACAUUUUUAGCCAAUUUUAUUGAUAAACCAUUGAAUGUUGAACACUGUUUUUUACCCCUCUCUUCACCCUCCUUGUUUGUUUGUUUCCCCCCCCCCCCCCGAACACUUCAAACUAUAAAUUAUUUUAAUUUUAUUGCCAAUUUAGAUAAUCCAACAUAGAAAUAUUAGCUAAUUCCAAAGCCUAAUUUUAACUUCUAAGGCAUGCUCUGAUAAGGAUUAUUGUGUGAUGAUUCAAGUUAUACAGUUAGGUUCAGAGCAUUUAAUAUAGAUGGGAGGGAGUACUCUGACAAAUUUCAUUGGUUUUGCUCAUUUAUUGUAAUAAAUUUUGAAAAGAGUAGUUUAAAGUGUUUCCCUACUUGAAUGUGUGAAAAUAUGGACAUGUAUGUAUGGUCUUGUAAAUAUAGCAGGGAAUAAAUGAAUUUUUGGAAGAUAAAAAUGCUUUUCUUUUUUCUCUUCAAUGUAAUCCCUUUUUUUCCUUCCAAUUUAGUUUAAUUUGUGAAUUAAACAUUUGCAUUGGUUAUUUAGAAAUAUUUUGUCUUAGUCUUCCAAAUUCUGGCUAAAAUCAAAAUUGUGCAAGUGGCACAGACACGGCUUCAUCAUGGUUUGGGGUUCAAUCUUACUAUGUGACACCUUGAGCAAGUAUUUUCUGCCAAAACCUCAGUCUUUAUGUAUGAUUUGGUUGAUAGAAACUGUAAAAGCCUGUCAUGUAUGUAUGUCAGCAAAGGAUGUAAACACCAGCAAGAAAGCCAUCGAACCAGUGUUCUUGAACAAUGUCUUUUUUGCGGGAUUUGUUCUACAUUGAGUUUAUAGUCAUUCUGUCUCAAAAACCAGUAAACUACUGAUUUAUCCGCGUUGAGCUUAUAUAGCCUCUUUGUCGGGAAAAUUGGCCCAUUGGAAGCCUGUAACUGAUGACACUAUUAUUGUUCAGCAAUUGCAAUAUAAAAUAAUUGAUAGUAUAACCAUGCUCUCUUUCACAGAUCUCUGGUUAACAUAGGCUUAUGUUUUGGGUUUUUUUUAAAAACUUUAUUAUUACUUUCUAAGUGUCAUGCAUUGAUUGUGAAAGCUUAAUUUUCAUGAUUUGUGUGAUUUGAAGAAAACAAAGCAGCCACAUUAUUGGCUUGCUUGCUUUCUUUACAAUUCUCCUCUCCCCACUUUGUAUGACUGUAUUCAUUUUAUUGUACAUAUUGUCAUCUUCUGUCUGGUGUGGAGGGUUGAAGAGUAAUAAAAUGAACAAAUGUAACAGAAGUGCAAGUUUUCCUUACAUUGGGGAAAAAAAAUUAAAUACAAAAACACAUUAUAAAAAAAUAUAUUAGUGUUAUUUUUAUUGGGCGCUAAGCCUUUAGGAUUUCCGUCUGACCAGCCAGGAAUUCAUUAUUGAAAACAAUGCAAUUCAUUCUCACAAGCGUUAUAUCCACAAUUUCACCUGCAGUUGUCAUUUUGGGAUCUAUAGGAGUGGCCUGCAUAGAACACUAUUGUAGUGCCUCAGAUCAACAUUUUUUUGACAAGGUGGCUGUCACAGAUAUUUUGCCGACAUUGACAAAGCAAAGAAGGAAAAAAAAAAUGAAAAACUGUUAUGAGAGAAUUUGAGAAAUAAAAGUUGUCAAAUAGAAAUCCAAUUAGUUUUGUUUUCUCUACAUUGCAAAUGUAUUCAUCUUGUCCACCAAAACAUACUAUGUACAACCAGGAAUUUGAUUUUUUUUUUUUUUUUUUUUUUUUUUUUCCUUCUUCAUGGGACAUCACUCAAUGUUUUAUUGUAACAAAUAAGUACUUUUUACCUUACAGAAUUCAUCUUGUUUUGAUUUUAUUAACUUUUCUAUCAUGAAUGAUUACUAUUAUUACAUAUAUAUUUUUCCCUGGCUAUUUAAUAAUCAAAAACUAAUUAUCAAUUGUAUGCUAAACUUUUCCCCUUUCACUCUCUUCAAAACUUUGUCUAGUGUUAAUCUUAAUACAGACAUGUUCUUACUGACAGUACUUGGA